CGUAAAAACGCUAAAAUUCGAGAUUUUUUGCCUGGGACAGCGGGACAUUUGUCCCUUUUUAGCUGGGACAUGGGACAAAAAAGGGACAUCAUCAAUGUCGCGUACAGUAGAUCAUGUCGAUGUUCGAUGUUCGAGGUUGCAAGUCAUGUCGACCUGGACGUUAUUGCAGAGCUCACUGAGAGUAUGGUCAAGCCAGACGUAAGAGCCCGUCAAUCAUGCUGAUACGAAAUAGAAUUCUGCAUCCCAGGGCUAUAUGGGCUUCCACAACGACCCAUCCCGCUCGAUGCCGGUACAACUCUUCUCAAUCCAAACCUCCGACUAUCGAACCGAAAUCGACCUCAACAUCACCUGACUCCCCGCCUGAUGGUAUCCCAACGUUCCAGGAUCUCGGUCUUCCGACGCCUCCUCCUUCCGCUCCGUUAUUUAGUAGAGAGAAAUUGUCGGAUGAGGAGAUCAGGCGGACGGGAGGGAAUCUGGCCAAGCUCAUAAGGGAUUCUAUACGGGCGACGGGUCCGAUUCCUUUAGCAUACUACAUGCGACUAUGCCUAGGACAUCCAACAGAAGGAUAUUACACCAGAGACUACACGCAAGGUUCGGUUUCGGCGGGAAGUGCGGCGGCUGCAGGUUCACCUGUAUCAACAUCGUCACCACCGACAGCCCCAACUUCAACAUCAUCGACAUCAACAUCAUCAACAUCGAUAACAGAUCAAGCACAAUCGAAAAUCCUAGCCGAGAUCAAACAAGACGUCUUUGGCCGCAAGGGGGAUUUCAUCACUUCCCCCGAGAUCAGCCAGGUUUUUGGAGAGCUGUUAGCACUCUUCUUGACGACCGAAUGGAUCGCGCAAGGUCGACCGGGACGGAUCAGGCUGGUCGAGCUCGGUCCGGGGAGGGGGACUCUGAUGGACGAUGUCUUGAGGACAUUCGCGGCCAUUCCAGCGCAUUCAUCGCCGCUGUCCAAGCUGGAACAGAUCUGCCUGAUAGAGACUUCGUUACCGUUGAGGGAACAACAAGAACGGAGGAUCCGGGAUCGCUUACGAAAGAGCGGGAGGGACGUCAGGGUCGGCGAUGUUGAAGCAGAGGAAGCCGGUGGCAAGAGGAAAGAGGGAGAGGUCGAUCUGAGGUUUGAGGAAUGGAUUGGGAAGGUCCCGGUCGACAAGGACGUCUUUACCAUGGUCAUCGCCCACGAGUUCUUUGAUGCCCUGCCUAUCAACGUCUUCCAGAAAACGGAAGAAGGUUGGAGAGAGGUCUAUGUAAAUGUGGAUCCUGGUUGGACGGCCAGUUCUAGCGCCGAACCGUCAACCGCUGAAACGGACCCCUCGUUCCGCAAACCAAACUCCGGUCUCACCCUUGCACUUUCGCGAACGAGCUCGACGCUCUCCCAGAUCCUCCCAGCCACAUCGCCCCGAUUCGCCGAUCUGGCUGUGGGCGACCGGGUCGAGAUCAACAAGGAAGGUUGGGAGAUUAUGAGGAUGAUUGGCGAGCUGGUCGAGGGCAAGGUGGUCGACCAGGAGCGGGGCUGGAGGGAAACGUCAAGUGCGAGCGAUUCGGAGGGAGUAGGUGGGGUCGGGUUGGUCGUGGACUAUGGCGACGAAAAGGCGUUUGACAAUUCAUUCAGAGCCUUCCGAAGACACGAGAUCGUACACGUCUUUGAUGAUCCGGGUAGCGCCGAUCUGACCGCAAACGUCGACUUUGCCUAUCUCAAAGAGUCGCUCGAGGGUGUCGCCCACCCGCAUGGACCCAUGACGCAACGAGAAUUUUUGAUCUCACUCGGUCUCGCACCUCGACUAGACAAACUGCUCAAGAACGCUCCUGAUAGGGAACGCAAGUUGGAGAUCGCGAAUGCCGCCAAGAGGUUGAUCAUGGAGGACGGGAUGGGCGGGCAGUACAAGGUCAUGGGCGUGACGCCUGGAUGGAGGAAGGGCAAGGGGGUCUAUCCGUUCGAGGUGGUCGACCAGGCGCAGUAGAGGAGGGACAGAGGCGGCGCAGAGAUAGAUGCGGAUUCUAACGUUUCGAUGUCUGCAUGCGAACCGUGUGGCGAAAGUUCUUAAUAGCCCAUCCUGACCAUGAUCGCGGUGCCGACUAGAACCCCAGAUGAUAUAAUAAAUAUAACACAACAACAGUGAAAAGAUGAGCCAACAGGAAAGUCCAAGGGGGUGCCUGAGGGUAGAGGCUGGGGUAUACAACAACUAGGACUAGGAGACCGGGCGUCUAAAUGAGAUAGGUCGGUACAG